AUGGCAGCCGCGCAGGGGGCCGUGAUCGCGUGCCACACCAAGGAUGAGUUCGACGCCCAGAUGGCCAAGGGCAAGGAGGCCGGCAAGCUGGUGAUCAUCGACUUCAUGUCCCCCUCGUGCCCUUUUUGCCUAGAGAUUGCCCCGGUGUACGCGGAGUGGGCCAAGAAGUUCCCUAGCGCUGUCUUCCUCGAGGUUAAUGUUUUCGAACUCAAGGAAGUUGCUGACUUCUACAAGAUCGACGGGAUGCCGACCUUCGUCUUCAUCAAGAACGGCGAGACGCUCGAGACCAUUGAAGGUCCCGAGAAGGAUGAGAUCCUGGACGCCAUCAAGAAGUACAUCGGCACUCCUGCCUCGGCGUCCUCCUAA